AUGUGUGGAGGAAACCAUUUAAACCACGAAUGUCAAGCAACUAACCAAAAUGAUGAGCAUGCUAAUGCCCUUGGAUACAAGCCAUAUUCCUUUGGCAUUCCAUUGGCACAAAAACAUCCAGGCUUUCAAUGGAGCAAUCCAAAUGGUGCUGAAAACUCCCAAAGCUUCCAAAAGAAACAGGUACAGGGCUCGCCUGGAUACCAGAAUCAAAAUCGCGGACCAUCGAAUUUCAGACCAUAUCAACAAGCAGCUUCAUAUCAGCAAGGACCUCAACAAGUCUAUCCAAAUCUUGAUGAACUGUUGUACAAGUAUAUUAAAACCACAGAUGAAAAAAUGGAAAAUCAAAAUUCAACUCUCAAAAAUCUAGAAAUUCAGUUAAGCCAACUAGCAGCUAUUGUGUCGGGAAAAAUUCAAGGUCCUUUACCCAGCAAUACAGAGAAAAAUCCAAAGGAACACCUUAAGGCCAUCAACUUACGAUCAGGUAAGAACCUUGAUGACCAAUAUGCAUUCAGACAAGAAAAGAAUCAACCAGAACAACAGAUCCAGAUCAAUAUUCCUUUCACUGAUGCUUUAUUACAAAUGCCUACAUAUGCCAAAUUUUUAAAAGAAAUUUUGUCAAACAAAAGAAAAUUAGAAGAAGUUUCUGUGGUAAUGCUUACUGAAAAAUGUAGUGCGAUACUUCAAAAUAAACUACCUCAAAAGCUCGGUGAUCCAGGUAGUUUUACAAUUCCAUGCACUUUGUGGGGAGUAUAUUUUGACAAGGCACUUUGUGAUUCUGGAGCUUCAAUAAAUUUGAUGCCAUUUUCUAUCUUUAGAAAAUUAAAUCAUGGUGAAAUAAAAGACACAAGUGUGUCGCUUCAAUUUGCAGAUCAAAGUACUAAGAAAUAUAAGGGAAUAAUUGAAAAUGUGCUUGUAAGAGUAGAUAAGUUUUCUUCCCUAUAG